AUGGCAGAAGGAAACAACAAAGAGGAGGUCAUCCCCACCCACAGCGUUCACUGCCACCAGGGACAGGGACGGAUGAGUGUCAGCCAUGAGCCCAUCACCAUAUCUGAUUCCUCUGAUGAGGAAGGGAUUCCAGUGCUGGUUACCCAAGCUACUGAGCAGCAUGAAGAAGACAAACCUCAGACAUCCCGAUCCUAUCUCAUCAAACCAAGUGAGGAACCUCAGGAUGAGUAUGGUGAUUCUCUGGACCUUGAGAGUGACGAAAAAGAAUUCAAACCUGGGCCAAGCAGUCAGCACACAGCAAACACCAUUGUCAACCACAACUUGGAACAGGAAGGCAUUACACAGGAAGACAGUGGCCUUCUUUUCCCAGAGGCUGAGCCUUUGGAAGCUCAGACCCCACCCUCUGAAGACUCAGGGACAGGUCUCUCAUCAAACCCUGGAGAGCCAGCUAUUUCAGUAGCUGACCAGGUGAUGGAGGAAGGGCCCUGGCUUGAGCAUCCAUCCUUCCUGGCUCAGCAUCCACAGCCUCAGGAGAAAACAAAACAGGCUGUGCCCCAGGAGCAGCAUUCUGAAGCAGAAAUGGGCACUGCCAUCUUGAGCCAUGAUUUUCCAGAGCCUGCUUUUCGAAGCUCAGAGACCCUGCAGGAGGGGAUUCCAGGCCCUGCUUCCCCUCAGCUGGCCCUUCCUCUGGAAGAAGUUGAGGAACUUGGGCCAUCUUCCUCCCUGCCAGGAUCUCAGGAGGCCAAUUUGGAAACCAUAUGGGGACAAGGAGCUGUGGCAAUAGAUCAAGAACUGGUUACACUGUUAGUGAAAGAAACAGAGGCAAGAUUUCCAGAUGUGGCAGAUGGAUAUGUCAAAGAGCUUAUUCAUUUGAAGAACUACUAUGAUUUGAAUGUACUUUGUAAUUUUCUUCUGGAAAACCCAGAUUAUCCAAAGAGAGAAGACCGGACCAUUCUCCACCCCAGCAGCAGCCUGCUUGCCAGCCAGGAUGAUGAGGAGUUGUCUAACAUAGACUUUUUUGACUAUUCCAAACUGACUGCACUUGACAAGCGAUGCUUCCUCCAAGCUGCUGAGCUCUUGAUGGCUGAAUUCAAGAUGCUCAACAACAAAGACAUCAGGUGGGCCCUACAGGAGUUCAAAGGACACUAUGCGAUCACCCGGAAGGCCUUUUCUGAUGCUUUUAAAAAAUGGCAGGAGCUGUCACCUGAAGCCAGUGUAGAACAGACAAAGGGGAAAGAAAUGAUCCAGGAUUCUUUCAUAGAUUUCAAAUUUGAACAAGGUGAAAUAAAAAUAGAAAAGAGGAUGUUCCUUUUGGAAAAGAAGCAUCUACAGUUUAGACACUGUAGAUCCUAUGAGCUGAGCGACCUCCUUCCAGCUGUGCGGCUUGAACGGGAAUUCUAUGAGCAGAAAAUCAAAGAGAUGGCAGAGCAUGAAGACUAUUUGCUAGCCCGGAAGAUGAAUGGAGAACAAUAUGAACAGGACGGACAGCUGAUUGAGUGUGGGUGCUGCUAUGGGGAGUUUCCAUUUGAGGAGCUGACACACUGUUCUGAUGCUCACCUGUUCUGCAAGGAAUGCCUCAUCAGAUAUGCCCAAGAGGCGGUGUUCGGGUCUGGAAAGUCAGAUCUAAGCUGCAUGGAAGGCAGCUGCACAAGUUCCUUCCCCACCAGCGAACUGGAGAGGGUGAUUCCCCAGGCCGUUCUGUACAAAUACUAUGAACGCAGAGCUGAAGAAGAAGUCGCUGCAGCCUGUGGUGAGGAGCUUGUCCGCUGCCCCUCGUGCAGCUACCCUGCUCUGCUGGACGCUGAUGUGGAGAGGUUCAGCUGCCCCAAUCCUCACUGCAGCAAGGAGACCUGUAGGAAGUGUCAGGGACUCUGGAAAGAGCACACUGGCCUCACGUGUGAAGAGCUGGCUGAAAAGGAUGAGGUCAAGUACCGGACAUCUAUAGAGGAAAAAAUGACUGCUGCUCGCGUUCGAAAAUGCCCCCAGUGUGGGACCGGCCUCGUCAAAUCCGAAGGCUGCAACCGUAUGUCUUGCCGCUGCGGUGCCCAGAUGUGCUACCUCUGUCGGCUUCCUAUCGAUGGCUAUGAACACUUCUGCCAGCAUCCUCGCUGUCCUGGAUACCCUUGCCAGCAGUGUUUCAGGUGCUCCCUGUGGACCGACCCCACUGAAGAUGAUGAAAAGCUGAUUGAGGAAAUCCAAAAGAAGGCUGAAGAGGACCAGAAAAGGAAGCAUGCAGGGAACACACGCAAACCCAUCGGGCCCCCACUAGAGAAGCCAGCUAAGAAAGUUCGGCAUAUGGGAGCCCUGCCACGGCCUGUACCAUGGCACCUGCACCGACAGAUGCCAGCUUUCCGCAUUGUGCAUGCACCUUUCCCGCAACAACCUGUGUGGCCUGCGUUUCACAACUUCCCCAUCAACUUCCCAGCACCGUACUUUCCACCUCUGCCCAUCGUGCAUGUCAACUAUGACUUUGGCCUCGUGCAUGGGGCCCUGGAGCACAACCUGCACAUGCGAUUUGUCCCGCAGCCGUGGCAUCGCUUCUGA